UUUUAGACAGCCAUCACCACAAAGGCUGGUGCACCUUUAACCAUGAACGUCUUGAAUUAUCUGGGACUGAGAUCAAAAUGAAGAAGCGCCACCAAUAAAUUAAUAAAUAACAGAACAGACGCGCAACCAGACCCUCCCCUUGAUCAUAAGCGCCAACACACCGAGACAUUGACCAAAGCCGUCCAGCUGCCUGGAGCAGAGCGCCUGCUGCUGCGCGGACGCCUGUCGCCCCUCUGGACUUGGUGGGAGGAGGGAGAAGUUUCUCCAAGGACAAGACAGGAGCGUCGAGAGAGAUGCCUUCCUCUUUCUCGCGAGUCUCUCGAGCUGCGCUGUGGAUUUGCUGAUUGCUUUAGUCGUGUUUUUUUUUUCCCUUUGCAACUUCUUCAGUGUGAGCAGGGAGAGGUUUUGAGCCAGAGGAUGCUCCCACAGGUCGUUUGGAUUCUGUACGUCUUGUCUUUCUGCUUUUUCCAAGGAAGCUUCAUCAGACUGAGCUCCUGUAAGGAGGAGAUAAAACCAGCCAGCAGGGCCGGACCGCAGCUAUCACCUUCUGACUUCCUGGACAAGCUCAUGGGGAGAACGUCAGGAUACGAUGCCCGCAUCCGACCCAACUUCAAAGGCCCUCCGGUGAAUGUCACCUGCAAUAUUUUCAUCAACAGCUUUGGGUCGAUCACAGAAACCACGAUGGAUUACAGGCUCAAUGUAUUCCUCCGACAAAAUUGGAACGACCCCCGUCUGGCAUACAGUGAAUACCCAGACAACUCUCUAGAUCUGGAUCCUUCCAUGCUAGACUCCAUCUGGAAGCCAGAUUUAUUCUUUGCCAACGAAAAGGGAGCCAACUUCCAUGAGGUCACCACUGAUAACAAGUUACUAAGGAUUUUCCAAGAUGGCAGCGUUCUUUACAGCAUCAGGCUCACUCUAAUCCUGUCCUGCCCUAUGGACUUGAAGAAUUUCCCAAUGGACAUUCAGACCUGUACAAUGCAGCUCGAAAGCUUCGGUUACACCAUGAAUGACUUGAUUUUUGAAUGGCUUUCUGACAACCCUGUUCAAGUGGCUGAUGAUCUUACACUCCCCCAGUUUGUGCUGAAAGAAGAAAAGGAUUUGGGCUACUGCACAAAGCACUACAACACAGGUAAAUUCACCUGCAUUGAGGUGAAGUUCCACCUGGAAAGACAGAUGGGUUACUACUUGAUUCAGAUGUACAUCCCUUCUCUUCUCAUCGUUAUCCUUUCAUGGGUGUCUUUCUGGAUAAAUAUGGAUGCGGCACCCGCUAGAGUUGGUCUGGGUAUCACUACCGUUUUGACGAUGACCACACAAAGCUCAGGAUCGAGAGCUUCACUGCCCAAGGUCUCCUAUGUGAAGGCCAUAGACAUUUGGAUGGCAGUGUGUCUACUGUUUGUUUUCGCCGCCUUGCUGGAGUAUGCAGCAGUUAACUUUGUCUCAAGGCAACACAAGGAGUUCAUCCGGCUGAGGAAGAAGCAGCGACAGCAGAGAAUAGCGGCGAGUGGCAGUAAGGUUGGGAGUGUUCAGUCGUUGCAGAAAGCCGUUGAUAACCCCUGUAGCAACCCAUCUUACAGGAAUCUGAGUCAGCACUGCAGCGCCUGUGCACGGGAGGAGGAACUGGUGAGGGAGAGCCGUGGUUUUUACUUCCGGGGUUACGGACUCGGUCACUGCCUGCAAACCAAGGAUGGCGCUCCUCUGGAGGGGGCAACAGUGUUCUCCCCGCCCCCUCCAAUGACCAUGUAUGAUGGAGAAGUGUUUAGUAAGCGCUUUGUGGACCGGGCCAAACGGAUCGACACCAUUUCUAGAGCUGUCUUUCCCCUGAGCUUUCUCAUUUUUAACAUCUUUUACUGGUUGACAUACAAAGUGCUGCGACACGAAGACAUCCAUGCAAAUUUGUAAAGCGCUCCAGCUUAAGUUUGCCAUUCCUUCCUUAAAAAAAAAACAUCUAAACCAAAACUGCCUGUUUGAUCUACAUCACAGUGAGGAAAUGUGCCCAGAGACAUCACAGCUUCUCAAAAUCACUGCUGAAAAGUGGGAAAUGUUGUGCUCAGGUGCGUCUUCAGGAUCUCAGAUGUAAAGCGGAUGAGGCUGCCGGCUGGUGUUUGGGAUCUGUUGGAUUUUCCCCAGACCACAACAAAUCAGAGCAGGCAGAUGGAAGCGUUCCGAGAUGAUGUUGAUCCUGGCUGAAAGGAACAUGCUAACUUGAAUUUUGACACUAAGCAGCUUUAAAUGAAUGUUUCUUACAAUUUAAGAUCUUUUUUUUUUACAUCUAUAAAUUAUUAACGAUAUACAUGUUAGUUUUGGGGAGUAUGGGGUCUUCCAUAAGUCUGAAGUGAUGGAAUUGACUUUAAAUAUGUGUAGUACAAAUGAACAAUUAAUCAAAAAACAAUGGUGUAAUAAAGUGUACAUAAACAAAGCUGUUGACUAAACUAAACAAAGCACAAACAAGUAUUUCUUUUUGUUGAAAUUUAAAUAAAUUGCUAUUCUGCCAGGAAACCAGAAA